AUGGAGUCAUCCAAGGGUGCCAAGCACAGUGACGGUCUAGAGUCCAGGGGUUCCUUGGCCAGCAGGACAGCCUCUUAUGGAAGGACCAGUCUUUCAUCUUCUGAUGAAGUAGGUUGGAGAGUCACUGAGCCUCCAGGACCCCCUGGAGGGUUGAUUCACUCUGACACAGCGGUGGAGAUGGGUCAGAAGUCUUCCUCUUCCUCCUCCUCCUCUUCCUCCGCACAGUCUAGUCACUCCUCUCAAGUUUCACUGCCUGGGUUACAGAAGGAAAAAUACCCUGAGGAACUCAGCCUGCUUAAGUCACAGACAAAAGAUGGGCAGCGUCCUGAGUGGACAUUUUAUCCGAGGUUUAGCAGCAAUCUCCACACCUACCACAUUGGAAAGCAGUGCUUCUUCAGUGGGGUCUUCCGGGGCAACAGGAAGUCUGAGGCCGAGAGGACCCUGGACAAGAGCCUCGGGAAGAAGAAGUAUGAUAUUGAUCCCAGAAAUGGAAUCCCAAAGUUAACACCAGGGGAUAAUCCAUACAUGUUCCCAGAGCAGAGUAAGGAGUUCUUCAAAGCAGGAGCAACUCUGCCACCAGUCAACUUUUCACUGGUUCCUUAUGAGAAAAAAUUGGAUACAUUUAUUCCACUGGAGCCUCUUCCUCAAAUCCCCAACUUGCCUUUCUGGGAGAAGGAGAAGGCUAACAACUUGAGGAAUGAGAUAAAAGAAGUCCAGGAGUUGGAUAACUGGAAGGCACCGCCACCCUUCCUACACAGUGUUUUCUUCUCUGGGACUGGGGAGAUGGCUCCACGGUUAAAGUUGCUUGCUGCUCUUCCAGGAGAAACAAGUUCAGUUCUCAGCACUCAAGUAGGGAGGCUCACAACUCCCUGUAACUCCGGCAUCAGGAGCUCUGAAACCUUCUUCUGGCCUUAUCGGAUAUCCUCACAUGUGAUGCAUACAUAUUCACGUACACAUACCCAUAAAUAAAUAAAUCUUAAAGAAUGUUUUGCAAUAUGGUAUUAAUUACUAUGGUAGGGUGCUUAUGAUUCAUUUUGUAGUAAAGAUACCAGAACACCAGUUUCCCCAGUGAUGGCUAAUGAACAAUUGAGAAGAGGGGUCUAGGAAUGCCAGUCUGGGGGUUGAGGGGGAGCUAGAGAGCUUGUCUUAAAUUGAGUACAUUUACUUGAGGGAGAUUAUGAGGACUAUGGGUAGUAACUAAUACUCUUCCCAACUAUACCUUGAUGUUGCUGUUGACUUUCAUCCCUAACUUUAGCCUUUUUCUGUGUGGUCUCUUGGUGUUAAAGAUAGGUGAGAGCUGACAUGGUUCAACAGUAAAAGCCCAGUGACAGGAAUUUGAUAUCUGGGAGACAUGGUGGAAGGGAAGAACCAACUCCUGGAAGUUCCCUUCUGACCUCCACAUGUAUGCUGUGGCUUGCAACACCACUCCUCAGUAAUAAAUACAAGUGAAAAUAGUAAAAAAACAAAGCAGGUGAGAUAGAAAUUGAUAUUUUAAGUAUUUUCCUCAGGUAAGCAAAUGUCAAUACAGUCAGAUCCAGUUCCAGAAGGUGGUUAUGAUGGCAAAAUGGAGAAUGAUGUAGCCUAAACUUCCCUUUGUAAGUUAGGUAGACCACUACUGUCUUUCUGGAGUCAGACUCUUCCAAAUUAUGUGUCUUGCAUGUCAAUAGGUAUUAUGUGGAAAAGGGGUUCUAUGUCAGAGCAACUUGGAACUUCUUUAAAAAACAAAGAGGGGCUAGGGAGAUGGCUCAGCAGUUAAGAGUGUAUACUGUUCCUAUAGAGGUCCCGUGUUUGUGAACUACAACCAUUUGUAAUUCAGUUUCAGGGCAUCCAACAUGCCUGCAAAUCAUCCAUCUGCGUCAAAUAAAAAAAAAGUAUAAAUCUAAAAAGGAAAAAGAAAAGUGUAUUAUCUUUAAGUUGCCAUUGCAUAAAAAAGUGGAUUCUAGGCUGGAGAAAUGGCUCAGCUGUUACAAGCACUGACUUAUCUUCUGGAAGAUCCAGGUUCGGGUCCCAGCACCCACAUGGUGGCUCACAACAGUGUGCAGCUUCAGUUCUAGGGGAUCCAGAGCUGUCAUCUGGCCUUCUAGGGUACUGCAGAAAUGUGCACAGACAUACAUACAGGCAAAACACCCAUAUAUGCUAAAAAAAAAAAAAUCUUGAAAAAAGAGAUAUGGAUUCUCUCCUGACUUCAGAAGCAGGAGUCAGAAAACAAGCUGUUCACAGGGUUGCAUCCUUCUUGAACCAGCUCUUCAGGGAAGAGGGCAUUUCAUAACUCUCUCACGCUAGCGCAGCAGUUCUCAACCUGUGUGUCACCACCCUUUGGGGUCACCUAAGACCAUAGAAGACAGAUAUUUACAUUAUGAUUCAUAAUAGCAAAAUUACAGUUAUGAAGAAGCAACAGAAACAAUAAUAUGUUUGGGGGUCACAACAUGAGGAACUGUGUUAAAGUGCCACAGCCUCAGGAAGGUUGAGAACCACUGCUCUAUUGUUUGCUCUCUUUGUCUCUGAACCAUCACCCUCCACUGCUGCCUCAUUCUUCACAUACUGUUUAUGCGGUAACCCAUGUCACCUUUUCUUUUUUAUCAAGCAAUAUCUGAAUAUUGCCUUUAACAUUUGUAGAUGCUCAUUUUGUAAGAUUCCUUUCAGCCUAUCUGCUAUUUCCAGCAAAUGAUUAUCAUAACCCACGUACAAACAGACAUGCACGAUUCUUGGGCCAGCAGCAUGAAAGAGUAGAUAACUCAAGAUUACAGCUAUGUAUUAGCUUCAUCUGUAAAAGUUGAUCAUAUGGGCUGGACAUGGUGGUACACACUUUAAUCCCAGUAUUUGGGAGGCAGAGGCAGGAGGAUCUCUGUGAACUGGAGGCCAGUGUGGUCCACAUAGCCAAGUUCCAGGACAGUCAGGACUACAUAAAAACCCAGUCUCAAAAACAACACCCCUCCCCCACCAACCUGAAACCAAACCAAACAACAACAAAAAAAGUUGAUUACAUGGGAGAUUCAAGGUAAGUAAAGUUGGCUCUUACAUUGUUCUCUUAAAGGCAGAGUAAACAAAUAGGCUGAGCACAUAGCAGGGCAGCAGUCUCAAGUGACCUCAAGGUAUAUUACUAACUCUGGCUGUGAGGUCCAGCAAAAGCUCCAUUCUCUUAGAAUAUAAGAGCUAUUUUAUCAAUGCAUUGCCACAGUUCCUCCUUUUUAUUUUAUUAAAGAAAAAGCAUGUUGAUUUAGAUGGUCACUGGUUGGUCAAGGCAUGGUAUGUUGUAGGGCCAGCCUGAAAUCUGCACCACUUCCUUCACGGUUCCUUUUGAAACGUUAGCAAAGGCAUGAUAAGACUUUGAUUAGGAAGACAAUCAGAAUGGCUACCUCUGUAAAAGAUCACACCUUGAGACUUAGACCUUGUGUAUUCAUAGUCACGGUUCUCUAGAGUCAGAGAGCUCAUGGAAUGAAUCUCACUCUUUAGAAAGGGGAUUUAUUAGAAUGACUUACAGGCUGCAGUCCAGCUACUCCCACAACGACGAGCUGUGAACACAGUCCAAAUUCAGUAGUUGCUCAGUCCUACAAGGCUGGUGUCUCAGCUGGUCUUCUGCAUUCGCUGGAAUCCCAAAGAAGUAUGCUCCAAUGCCAGUGAGAGAAGGGAUGGGCUAGGCGAGGGGAAGCAGGCAAACAGCAAAAGCUGCCUUCCUUUAUGUCCUUAUAUAGACUUCCAGCAGAAGGUGUGGCCCAGCCUAAAGGUGUGCCUUCCCACCUCAAGGUCCGGAACAGAGGUGGAUUCCUACCUCAAAGGUUUGGAUGCAAAGUGUACUCAUCCACUUCAAACUAAGCAGAAAAUCUCACAGGUAUGCCUUCCACGUCAAGAUUGUAGUUCAUU